AUGACAUGUGUCCCUUCCAGUCCAGAGCAGGUCCAGAGCGUCCAAUUCAUGGAGUUCUCAGAAGUGGAGAACCAGGAUGACUACUACAGCAUGGACGCUGGUUACGUCCACACCCAGGACCAGCGAGGAGUGUAUGUCAUGUAUGAUGAAGCCUUGAGUGAUCUGAAGGAACUAGAGACAGAACUGCUGCUCGUGGCGAGCCAUUACAUUGAGAAAGAAAAAGGUCAAAAAGAGGGCAGCAAGCCAAAUAUUGACCAGGACUGGGGAUGGGCCCAUGUAGGUGUGGACAGACUUGCUGUGCUGUACGACAUGUGGACUUGGGAAGCAACUCUUCUAGAAAACAAGCGCCAGCUUCUUGACAGUUACUUUGAAGCCUACCAGCAUGCAUUGGACCCUGAGGAGAGGUUUGCCUUAGCGCAAGUGAUCACUGACAUCAUGCACAGGUGCCCAAGGUUUGAUCUGAGCCGCCCUUACUUCAUUAAGGCCUACCAAGAGGAAUGCACCUGCCUGAGGCUUCACCUGCAGCUGGUGAGGGGCAUCCUCAACCAGCACAUAGAGUGUCAGCGAGAGUAUGUCCAGAGGCUUUGGCAAGAAGGCCGUCCAGAUGCUAGCAAUACAUUUGGACUUCCCCUUAAUAUAAUUUGCAAACAACUCAUUUCCAUCAAUAAUAGCUGCCCAGCUUUGAAAAACAUUUACCUGCUGGAGUUCCACCCUUCCCUGGGCCUGGCUUCGUGCAUCCCCAGAGCCCUUGAGCACCUCCUCAGGGAGGCCCGACACACCUGCAGGCCCACAUCAGCCAGCGCCCUCACCUUGCUGGAAAGACGCGUGCUGCAGCUGGCCCUGGAUGUGUGGCUCACCCCAGCCAAGCCCGAGUCCUGGUACAGCACACAGACCCAGAAAGAUCUGUUUUCAGCUAAAGUGAUGGGCAGUCCCUUUCUCGUGGGGGAGAUAGGCCUGCUUGCACUCAAGUCUGCAGCAGACGAAGGACAGAACCAAGGCCAAGAUUCUCAUAUGCUGCUCCUGGAUACGUUUUCCAAACUUUUGGAGCUCUUGACCCUUCGGCAUAGGCUGAUAGAGAUGAGUCUGGAGAGUGUACACUUAGCACGUCUCUAUAAGGAUUUGGCGUGUGAAAUGGGUUUUGAAGAGUUCCAUUUGUAUCUGAGGCCUAUUCAUUUUGAAUUUGCAUCACACGAGGACAAGGUGGUCCAUCCACCUCCUGUCUUUAUAACGUCUCUGCUGGAGGACAGUGACCGUGUAGACAGAUAUUCUCCUGCUACUCUUGUCUUAGCCAUCUCUGAGGUGGAUGAUAACCAAGUUGGCAAAUUUAGUUUUCAUACAAAGGAAGCCAUUCUUAAGCUCUUGUUCCAUUCGGGAGUGGAAAAUAUGCAAGUGACUCUUGCAUGCCAAGCUACUCAGAAAAAUGCUUUAAUGGUGGCUGUCCAGCAGGCGUCCUUCUAUCACACUCUCGGAGGGGGCUGUCCUGCUGAUGUCAAGGAAAUAAGUUUGGGUCUGAGAAAUCAUGGUGGAGUGGGUCCAACCAGAAGAAGAAAUUCUAGAAUUGUGAAUGGCAUAGAAAGCAUGCCGUUAGCCUCAACUCCGAAAGUCCCAGAUACCCUUACUCAUCCUUCAGAAAGAUUCCAGGCUACCAGAAGAGCUCCGGAAGCUUUUGUGUCUAUCCAACUAGAAAAGGUGGGGCUGCGGGACAUGAUGCUGAACACCUUCCUCCUCAGGAGACAAGCCGUGGCUGACAGGAUGAAGAACCUCGAUGAAAUUGGGAAAGUCAAGAGAGAUGUUAUAGUUGAAUAUUGCCAGCAGUUCAACUGCCGCAUGUCUCACUAUGCUCUUCGGGGGCAGAUCAUGGCAUACUGCAACAGCCUGAGAGCCCUGCUGGAUGAUUUCCCCACCAUCAGAGAUAAAUUUUUCAUGGUGGGACAACCACAAGAAAAGAAGGGGUCGAGGGACUCCAAGGAGGGCCUCAAGACUGACCCCAGGAGUUUCCAGCCCCGGCCACGAUGUUUGCUCUCUGCUGACGGGAAAUGGUGA